CUAUUGCUGCUCAUCAUUGUACGGGGUGAAGAAGUUGUCGCCAUGGCCCAGUUUGAGGAAGUUCUAGACAGAGUGCGUCUGGCUCUGACCUGGGCUUCUCCUGCUGAGAUCCAAGCUCUGCUCGAGGGUUUGGUGAAGGAGCGGAUCAUCUCGGAGGCCUAUGGCAAGAGCUUUAACCUGCACCGACUUACUGAGAGCGAAACAGCCAACAGACUGCGAGCUGAUCAAAGUCAUUCUCAAAGAUGCACCAACAACCGGCCCCUCAGUCAAGACCAACUCAGCCAGGAGAGGAAAUAUGGGACGUUGAAGUGUACAGAAUCUACCUGUAACCAGACAACAUCCGAGUCAUCACCUGUCAACACAAGGUCUGGGCUUCAAUUUCAUCCACUAUACAACAAAUUCCAACUCGAUCACGGACUCAUUUUGGCACCCAUCGAUCAAGACUGCCGAUGCAGCUUAGCUGAUGAAUUGACUGAACGGCUCAGUGGUUCAAAAUCAAAACAGGAACCAGUCAGUGAUAGUGUUAGAAUUAAUGAGGGGAAUUUGGUGGAUGAGAAGGAGUGGUUAGAGCAGCUGGAGCAGGCUGCCAGGAGGAUAGCUGUGCCACUGUGGCAACACUGGGACCAAGGACGGAGGCGGUUGCUGCCCCUGGACCCUCGUACGACUAUUGGGUGGGAAACACGUGAAAACAAAGAGACAGGCGGUGAAGCACGGUGCCCUUUCUUGAAUAUGGAAGAGGAAACGGAGCUUUCCAUUGCAUGCGAGACACUUGAUUUUUAUGGUGAACACUUUUUAGGCACAGAAGAGGAGAUCGAAAGCCUCACAGAAGGCCUCUGUUUCUCUGUUUCACCCAGAAGAGCUGGGUGGAACCCAAAUGAUCUGGAUUUCUCUGGGGCAUUGGGACAUCCUUUGGCUGUGAGAGUAUCUGCAGACACAAAACAUAACACCACAUACAGACUGGAGGAUGCUCUUAAUGUCUCCUCGGAGGCCGAAAGGACAGAAACGCCAGAGGGACUCCUCUGUUUGCCGAGUCACCAACAAAGCAUCGUUCCACGUCGUUCUCUCUGUACACCUGAAGGCACGUGCAGUGACGCGCUAGAGAGGUCAUUGCACUCUCAUGCAAAUCCAAGCAUGCAAUUAGGUGUAAUAGAUAGCACAGAAACAUUUUCCAAGACUUCUCACGGUGCAAAGAUGUGUGGCAACUAUGGCAAAACAGACUUGGAUGAGAAUGAAGCGGAGGGAGUCUUGGUUGAUCCACACUGGGGUACCAUGAUGCAGGAAUUGGAGCAGGACCCGUUCCUCUGUCCUGAUCUGGGAGAGCUUCCAGAUGAUUUAUCUGAAUACCUAAAUGAGGACUGCCUGACGACGAUCGACACAGAUGUGCUCUUCGGCGAUCCAUGGUUCAGCUAUGUUGAUGAACUAAAUACCUCUAGUGACGUUGGCAAGCCAGCAGACCCACCGAGCCCUGACGGACCCCAGCAGAGACAGGAGGACAAACUAACAGACAAAACUAAUAACAGGAGAAAAAGACAAAGGGUUUCAAGGAUACAACGGCGCACUGAUGAAAACACGCCAUCCAGGCCAAAAAGGCAAAGAGCAGCAGGUCGACCAAAAACCAAAGUGGUAGAGACUGAGUCAACUGUCAGCCAAGGAUCAGAGCCCAGUUCUCCAGAGUUAGCCAGUCACUCCACCACUCCACAGAGAGUCCUCCAUCUCCAACCUUCCAUUCGCUUUAUCACCAUCCCAGAGGCUCCUAGGUACCAUGUAGUUCAGACACUGAGUCUCUCACCUCCAGUUAUAAGACUGCCCAUCUCCAAUACAGCUGCUACCCCAACUUACGUAUUUGUUCCAGCUACUUCACCACCCUGCAAACAUAAAUUGCCACCCCUCUCUCCAGUGGACGGUGCUGUAGUACCAGUCCAAAUGAGCUCAUCCCCACCAGGAUCUCUGUCAGACACAGCAAGCAAAGCCAUGUCUUCCCCUUUUGCUUCACCCGUCUCUCCCAGCAAUGAGUCUUCUAACUGCAACUUGUCUAACUGCAAGGAAGGAAAUCACCUACAAUCACCUCCUGUCCUUGAUAUUUCUGAGACUGUAAGAGAGUACAUUCAGGAAGCCAAAUCCCACAUGAACCAAACCUGCCAGGCUAUGGAAGAGGGCCUUAGCCUGACCUCACAUUAUGUGGAUGUGGAAGUGAGCCAGAGAGAAAUUCUUUGUUCUGGAAAAAAUACAAACAAGUCCCUGGACAAGGAAAUGGUCCUCAUUGGAAACAUAGAUCAGAGAAAAAGCUUGAUGGGUUGUAGUCAGAUCUUCGAAGGCUUAAAUGGUAACAAACCCAUACGCUACAUAUUGCUACUUGGCAAUACUGGCAUGGGAAAAACAACCCUGAUCAGGAAACUGUGUGUUGACUGGUCCAGAGGCUGCAUCCCACAGUUUGACUUUGUCUUCUUGUUAGAUGGUAAAGCACUAACUCUAAGGGAGCCCAACCAUAGCCUUCAGACUCUCUUGUUGAACUCCUCCUCCUUUGCCCCUUCCUGCAUGGACCCUGAGGCAGUGUACAGCCAAAUACUUGCUGCUUCUAAGAGAGUGCUCAUCAUAUUUGAUGGGUUUGAUGAGGUGCGGGACUAUGAAACUUUACUCCAGACUCAGGAAAAAGACUUGGUGACAUCAUUGCAGAAAGACACCAAAGGACAGAUCUACACAAUAAGACAGUUAUACUCUGCCAUCCUCCAGAGGGUUCUUCUUCCAGACUGCACUCUUCUGCUUUCAACCCGACCAAGAGGCACCGCCAACCAGUUACUCAGACGAACGGACAGCCUUGUGGAGAUGUGUGGCUUCAACCACAUAGAUGUAGAGACAUAUUUGUCCCGGUACUUCACAGAUCCUGCCCUUAGAGAAUCUGCUUUGGACUACUUAAAAAAAUGCAGCUUUCUGCAUCUCCUCUGUUGGAACCCGGGACUAUGCCGGUUGGCCUGCUUGGUUUUAGAACAGGCCAAAAGCUUGGCCGAACUACCCAGAACUUUAACUGGACUCUGCCAUCAAGUGCUAUGUCAGAAAUUGGAAAGGGACAAUGGGAUCACUCAUUUAAAGACUGAAGUUCAAACAGAAAUAUCUGUGCCAUCUGUUGAAGAAUCCCAAACACAUCCCUCGAGUAGUUCCCACACUAGAACAAAACCCAGAUCACAAGUUCGCACUCGCUCUCGCACCCAACCAGCAAGAAAGGCAACAAAACAGAAGAAAAAGGAGGAAGUGGAUGGAGAGGACAUGAGUGGUGUUGGAAGGGACGCUAAUGGAAGAGAGAAGAGAGAGUUGCUGACCCAGUUGAGUUCUUUGGCUUGGGAGGGGGUCAAAGCAAACUCUUCCAUCCUCCCAGCAGGGCGUACCAUAUCUGCCAAACUGAGGGCAUUAGGCCACAGGAUCGGGCUCUUCCUCUCUUACCACCUGAGGAGGAGGCAAGUUGUCCCAAGUGAGGAAAGAGAGGAAAAAUCAAGAGGUAAACGAAAAGGGGAAAAGAUGGAAAACAGAGGAAGAACAGAAAGUGGUGGCUCUGUUGCCCUUGACGAUCUCAUCCUCUUCUGGGCAAAUCCUUUCCUGCAGAGUUACUUGGCAGGAGUUCAUUUGUCUCUGUCAAGGACUGUAACAGACCGCAUUUUUCAACAGAACCUCCCUUUCCAAUCUGGUCCAAAGUGGCGUCGACGAUGUCACAGAGAGGAGCUUGAGCUAACGCAACGGUUUGCAGUUGGGCUUUUGUUUAACAACCGGACAGAGCUACAGAGACUUCACUCAUACACUGACACAGCCUCACGAGAUAUUGUGAACAGCAAGCAGGCUUUAUUAAGAACACACCUUGAAAGCCUCUCUCAUGGUGACCUGAGUCCUGCCCAGGUGCUAGAAGCUUGUCACCAUGUUUAUGAAGCAAGUUUUACCCGUAGUGAUGGUAACGUGGACAUUGCCAGCACGACGUUAGUUGCUCACCUUGCAGUGAAUCUUCCAGAAGUGGUUACAUUUCAUGGAGUUCCACUCAACCCAUCGGACGUGUUCACCGUGCAGAACGUUCUGGAUAGGGGUAGAUCUGAAGGGAGAAGUUUCUCUUUAGAUCUGGAGGAUUCUGUGUUACAGCUUUCUGGGCUGAGAGCUCUGGUGGCGCUCAACAACAUCAACACAUACAGGGCAAGCAUCGCUGAUGUCAUCACUUUAUGGGAGGAGCUAGAGCAGAGUGGUGAGGAAGAGCUCCUACAAGGGUCAGUUUCCAAGUUCAAGAUCCACCCUUUGAGAGCCACACAGGUGUGUCACAUAGAGCACCUGGCUAAGCUGGUGAACAUCCAUAUGCAAAAGAAGCUGUCAGACAGUUCCAGCCAAUCAGAUUCCAUCUUCUCAGAGGGAGUACCAGCUGUCAAAGAGCUACAAAAGCUGGAUUUUGAGCUUGGCCCAGAAAUGAGUCCCCUGGCUCUUCCCAAAUUGUGGGAGCUCCUACCUGGUCUACAAAACCUACAGCACUUGGAUCUAGAGAACAGCAAAGUAGGGGACAAAGGAGCGGAGAAACUGGCUGACGCUUUAGUCUCACUCUGUAACCUGGAGAUACUCAAUCUGUCACAGAAUUGUAUAGGAGACCACGGGGUGACCAAACUGGCACCAACCCUGAGAGAUCUGCCCAAACUGCACUGUUUAAGUCUCUACAGUAAUGUGAUUUCUGACAAAGGGGCAGAGAGUUUAGCAGUCAUCCUCCCACACAUGAGGUCCCUCAUAGAACUCGACGUGAAGUAUAACAAGCUAACAGAUGUUGGAGCACAGAGUCUGGGUGCGAGUCUGAGGAACUGUAAACAAAUGAAAACUCUGAGGAUGUGGAACCAGUGUAUUCCAUGUGGAGUUUUCGAGCGGCUCCAGCAGCAGGACAACAGGAUCGAAUGGCAUUAGAACAUCUGGACUGAGCUUUUCAUCAACACGGCCCACAUUGAUGUUAACACUACACUAUCACAAUAUGUUUUCUAUUACGGGUAUGCCUACGGUCUGAAAAGAAGGACCAUCGGAGUACAUUUAAACAAAAACCAACAUGGAUACUUCUUUGCUGGUCAACUGAACAAUUCUGAUUCAUCAGAUUAUUUUAUAUAUUGCACUCUUUGCUUCAAGGGUAUACUAAACAUGAACUGCAUGUCUGAAUGAAUUUGUGGCUACAGCUGGUACAAAUUUAAGAGCAACAUUUGCACAAUGAGAUUUGAUCUUAAAUUGCCUCAGUUUUUACUUUUAUGGAUUUGUUUAUUCCUGUUGUGCGUGAUUUAUUUCUGACGCAAACAGUAAUUUUGUUUUUUGCCUCUUCUGUUGUUUUUUUUAUAUUGAGAUGUUUUAACAAAAAGCUGCUACUUUGAUUACAUAAAAAGAUUUCAUUUUG